CUGACACGUACCGAUAUGGAUGAGUACACACCGCACCUGAGACCUUUUUUCUAAGCGGCACUUUUCCACUCCACAGCCAGUUCCGGACGUUUUUGUAUAGAGAUCUUUGGAUGACAUGAAAUCUAUACUCCAACAACCGGAUUCGUUCGUAGCAGCUAGCAGAUGUUGUUUGGAAAAAUAGGAUGUUCUUUCUGCAAAAAGUAACACCCCUUUUAUAAUUCACCUUUCCCCUCCCGUCCCGCACGCAGCUGUGGACACUCCCACAAAAUUCUUCCAUUGCGCGACUUACCUCAGUUCACCAUUUCACCCUGUUAAUCCCCAGCGAAGAAGACAACUUUGUUUCUGAUUUAGCACUGGUUAUUUCUUUGCCGGUGCUUAGUGCAGUACCUCGCACACCCUCAAUGGCAGCUUAUCAAACUGGCAUUGUAUCUGAGCCGCUGAUGCUGAACACUGAGACUAUUACUCAGAAAGCCACCAAGUAUGUUGCUGAGACGGACACCAAAGACAAACCCAUAGGCUACUUGGAUGUGUUUGUACACCAGGCACGCGAUAUCCACAACGUUUGUAUCUACCACAAGCAGGACGUGUAUGCAAAGCUGUGCCUCACAAGUGACCCUGAUGUUUCAUGCUCAACCAAGGUGAUUAAUGGUGCUGGGCGCAACCCGGUGUUUGACGAGAGCUUACGGCUCAAUGUGCGGACAGUGGAUGCUUCACUCAAGUGCGAGAUAUGGAUGCUGAGCAGGGUGAGGAACUACCUGGAGGACCAGCUCCUUGGCUUUGCCCUUGUUCCUCUGCCAGACAUUGUAAUGGGUGACGGAAAGCUGGCCCAGGAGUUCUCCUUGUCAUCUACUGACCUGUUCCACACACCUGCUGGAUUUGUGCAGCUGUCCUUGUCAUAUAUUGGCUGUUUCCCAGAUGUAAUCCUCAUAUCAUCACCCAAUAAGUCAGUGUCAAGAGUAUCCUAUUCUGGAAAUGAUAGUGUAGUUCCUUCAGAGCUCGAAAAGAUUGAGUUCCCUGACUUGAAUGUGGUGAAGGAGAAUCAAAUUAUGGUCUCAAAAUAUCUCGAGAUGGAGUCUUUGGAUUCUGAGAACCCUAUAAAAGCUGAGAAUGGCAAAUUGCUGCAGUCUAGCGCAGCUGUGCCUAGUACAAAUAAGCUGGAGGAAUACCAGGAUGAAAGCCCUCUAAGUUGUAUCUCAACCACAGGCUCCUCCAUGGCACUUUCUGCUACACGUCAAUCAGUUUCUGAGCCGACUUCUGAGCCGUCGGAGACCACCGUUGAGGCAUCUCCCACACAAAGCCAGAAAGAGAAAAACCAAGAUGCUACAGACGGUGAGGUUGAUUCUUCUGAGGCACCACCGAAGGAUGAAGUUGUCAAGCCUGUGAUCGGCAUUAACUUUCAGCUGGAGCAGUCAGUUGUCCAGCAGGACAUAGUUGACAUGUACAUGAAGAGCAUGCAGCAGUUCACAGAAUCUCUUGCAAAAAUGAAGCUUCCAUUGGAUGUUGAGAAUAGUAGCUCCUCAAAUGAUGACACUGACUCCAGUACAACUGAGAAGCCAUCCCCAUCCGCAUCAAAUAAUUCUAGGGUCUUUUAUGGAAGCAGGGCCUUCUUCUAAGUCGCUAAUGCCAAGUGGUGCACUGUGUAUAUAUAUACUGUUUAGGUUUGUCAGACAGUGGCCGGCAUGUAUUGGCAUACUUUCUGUCACCAAAAUAUGCUGCUAGGACUCACUAUUGGUAUUGCUAAAUGAUAAGAACCGAAUAAUUUCAUCUUAGAGUUGUAGAUUCACCAUGUGUACUAGUACUUAUGAAUGAAUAUAAUGUCAUGAAACUGAUUCUGCGCU